AUGUUUGCCGUUUUCUCUGGUACCUGUGUUAUUCAGCCCCCUCCAGAUGUAGUCGGGCUUCCGCCAGCUAUUUUCCAGAAGCUUCUGCGUCUCAACAAGGUUGAUGGCCUGAUGGGAUUUCCUUUCACCAUCGUUGACCUAUACAACAAUGAAGAGACCCGGGAAUCACUGAAGUCGCUUGAGUUCAUCACUUAUCUGGGAUCUGCCCUCGAUCGAGUUGUCGGAGACGCACUGUGCGAACACACAAGGCUCAAUUCUGUCAUGGGAGCCACAGAGUCUGGUGGUCGCUUUUCCCUGCAUCCCAUAGACAGAAAGCUAUGGUACAGCUUCCAGUUCAUUCCUGAGCACCAUGUUCGUUUGGUCAAGCUAGAGGGAUCUGGUGAAGCUCUGGGUGACGGAGAUGACUCUGAUGUGUACCAGAUGUUCAUUGACAGGCCACCUGACGGUGGACCAUCUAUCUAUCAGUGUGCCUUCUGGAACUACAAGAUGUUCAAGGACGUUGAGACAAUCGAUACGAAGGAGUUGUGGCGUCCGGUCAAAGACAGCGACGGCAGUACCCGAUGGGAAUCAGUCGCCAGAACUGAUGAUUGGACGAAGCUGAUUUGGAUGGCCAAAUUCCACGCUCAAGACAUCGAGACCAAAGUCGCCAGGUACCCUGGAAUCAAGCACGUUAUGGUCGGCGGUGCAGGGCGCAUUGCACCAUACGUGCUGAUAGAAGUGAAGGAGGAACUGCAUGGAAGGAACCACGAAGAACUUCUUGACGAUAUUUAUGAGAAGACCAUUGUGGGGCACAAUGAGACUUCUGCGAAAGCAGUGGCCAUUCCGAGACAGACUAUAUUUUUGGCCAGCAAGGAAAAGCCUAUCAAGUUGACUGUGAAGCAACUGGUGCUUCGGAGGGAGGUCGAGAAGGACUACAAGGAAGAGAUCGAGGACGUAUACAAAAGGCUUGAGAUUGAAGGCAAUCAGACGGCAGGUGAGAAAUUUGUGCAGAACAUGAAUUAA